AUGACCAUGUCAGAGCCCAUUUCUCCAUCUCGAACAGCUCUCCCGCCUUCUCAAUCUGCUGGUCGUGUUCUUACACAUCAUACAAUGCACUCGAUUCUACAGCACGGCCAAUUUGGAUACAAAGAUGAGCGAAUAGAUCUUUCUAAUAUCCCGCAUUACUUUAAGAAUAUGAUUGUGGAGCAAUCUAUAGCCAAAUUAAAGGAUUAUGAGCCUGUUAUAGUUAGUGCAAGGUCUGAUUUCAAAUGUAGUAUCCUUGAUACCAAGAUCGUUGCUAAUGAAAAGAAACGCCUUCAGGAUGUUUACAAGUGUGGCUUUUUGUCAGAUCCAAAAGAGUUGUAUUGCCCCUUAGGCGAUCCCAUUUUGGAUACCGAGUUGCUGUUAUAUAAACGGCUGAAUAUCGAUCCUUCCACAGUAUACAAAAAAAGCAGCCAGCAAUUCGAUGAGUAUAAAAAGGAUGCAUUUUUUAAAACUGGCGCCAAGCACCAGCAAAAGUUUCGAGAUGUUCCAAAAAACCACACUAACGGAUUUAAAUAUAUCAAAGAAAAGCUGGCAAAAUCCAAUCUUACUGUCAAUUCCGUCAAGAAAUUGCAGUUUGGAGUUCCCUUUUCAACAGUGUGCGAGCCUGAUAGUCGAAUACAUACAUAUGAUGUAAAGGACAUCUCUCCAGAUACGAAUGCAGUUGUUAAAGUAAAUUGGAACAACUUGGAAAUUGAUAUGGAUCGUCAGGGAUAUUUUGGAAACCUGCUGUUACGACACGAGCGGGCUACUAGUGCACAAAACACCGAUCGAUGUGGCCAAGAUCAAAGAAAUCGAGACAUAUUUCAAGAUAGAGAUUCUUUAAAAGCAAACGAGGAUAGACGCAAAACAACAACCGAAAACAAGACUUUAAAUCUACCCAUCUACAAGCAUUCUCAGAUAAAACUAACAUCAAAGCAGAUUGAAGGAGUUCUUGGAAUUCAAUCUGUCAAUCAAACAGCCGCUACGACAGAAAAGUUUUUCACUACACGAGAUAAUUUUUAUGAACAGCGACAACGCCUUACGCAUCUUUUGCAAGAUGAUCUAACCAGAUUGCACAUGGAACGGAAAACCUCGUUUGAGCGAAAAGUCAAGGCAUUCGAAUUGUCCAAGUCUAUAUUGAUCACGAUCCAGUACGAAAAAAGUAUUGAUGGCAUUAAUGACAUGCGGCAAAAGGCUGCAGAAGAGCGCCGGAAAGAGAAAAUAGAGAUUCUUUUGGCACACCCAUGGUACAAUGAGCUUAUCAAAAAAGUUGUCGUUAUGAACGGAGUGCGACGCAAAGUCACUCAAUACGAAUCUGUACUACUUGGAAGACUAAAGCGUAUUAUUGCGGACCAAAUUUCUUUCAACAAGGCUGUUUUUGUACAACUCAUGCGAGUGCUUCCUACAAGAGAGUUUGUUAAAGAUGAGGUGCAGCGUAUAAUCCGAUUCGUGAAACAGCACGAAAAUAUAGCUGAACGUGAUUAUUUAGAAGCAGUAGAAUUGGCUGGUCAUCCAAUUUCGUCUUCCAUGGUAGAAAAACAUACUGUUCAAUAA